GGUCGUGGGUGACCUCAGCCUGGGGUCUCCGCGAAGUAGGGAUAGGGGCGCAGGGCAGGUGUCUUGGUGUGGGCCCGGGGACACCUGUCUCUGCACCUCUUUCCUCCGGCGCGCGUCCUCCACCCGCAGGAGCGGGGCCUCGGGGGCGGCCGUCCCGAGCAUGCGCACCGGGUCUGCUGCGGGCAAGCAAGCGGGUUCGGAGUCCGGGCGCUGGGACGCGGGGCGGCGCGAAGCCGGGCCCUCAGCCGCCCCGCGCUCCCAUGUACGCCUUCUACUCGUUGCUCAUCUACAUCUUCUAUAGCCUCUUCCGCAGGGAUGGCGGGGCCAAGGCGACCGCCGACCCCAGGGACCCCAACCAGAGUGCCAGCCGCAAACCCGAGGGUAGCCGCCGCCCUGACCAGCCCCCUGCCGAACUCUGGUCCGAGCUGACCGGCCUGGUCGGCCGCUCGGAGUCAGAAGAUGGGCCAGGAAGAGGAGCCGAGGACCGCCCGGCCGAGGUCUCCCUGGAGGAGGCUCUCGUGCGCCUUGCUGAGUUCCUCUCAGUCCAGCUGGGGGCGGAAGAGAGCUGCCGCUAUCCUCCCGAUCUGAGCAAGCCUAGUGAUGUCCCUCCACUGUUGACUGUAACUGGUCAGCUGUUGGCCCUCCUGGCAUGGAUGCGGAGCCCCAGGGGGAGGCAGGCCCUGCCCCAUGGGACUCAGCCAGCCUCAGGGGUGCAGCCCCCUACUCCAACUGGACCCACAUCCCCAGAAGAAAGCCCUUCCUUUUCACUGAGUGGUGAGGCCCAGGGGCAGCAGGCCCCGCAGUUGGAGGAGGAUCAGAGGGCUUGGCAGCGGCUGGAACAGCUCAUCCUUGGACAGCUGGAAGAGCUGAAGCAACAGCUGGAUCUGCAGGAUGGGCUGGGCCAACUGCACCUGGGAGUGGGGGCGACAGAUUCUGAGAAAAGGGUUCAGCAUCUGACCCUGGAGAACGAGGCCUUGAAACAGAGCCUGAUCCUCACUCAGGACCUUCUGAGGCACUGGGGUCCUGGCCCCCACACCAGGGCCCCCCAGGAGGAGGCAGAGGCACUGGUGGAGCUCCAGGGCCAGCUUCAGGAGGCCCAGGACACCACAGAAGCUCUCCGAGUCCAGCUGGGGGUCCAGGAGCUGCAGCUACAGGGCCUUCAGGGGGCUCUCCAGCAGCUCCAGCAGGAGACGGAGCAGAGCUGCAGAAGGGAGCUGCGGCAGGUGCACGGGCAGCUGGCAGGACUUCGGGCACGCAUGGCCAGCCUCCGUCAGGGCUGUGGGGACCUCCGAGGCCUGGUCAGCACCUUUACCCAGAGCUGUCAGGGUUCACUGAGCGAGGCCCGGGGCCAGGUAUCCUGGGCCCUAGGGGCACUGUCAGACAGCGGGGCUGGGACUCAGCUCCCUGAAGAGCAGCUGGGGCCCCCAACUGGAUGCCCAGGGCGGCUACUGGAGCUCAAGGGAAAUAUCCGCGUGCUGUGUCGGCUGCGGCCAGGGACACCCUCCAGCCUGGUGAGCUCAGAGCCCGGCCCAGGUGGCACGGUCACCACCUGCUAUCGAGGGCACCAACGUCGAUUCCGCCUGGACUGGGUGUUCCCUCCAGACGCCAGCCAGGAAGAGGUCUUCAGGGAGCUGGAGCCCACUGUGCUGUCCUGCCUCCGAGGCUACAGUGUCUGCAUUCUCACCUAUGGUCAGACGGGGACUGGGAAGACCUACAGCAUGGAGGGCCCACCUGAGGACCCUGGCAUAGCUCCUAGGGCGCUGCAGUCCCUGUUCCGGGAGAUGAGGACAGGAGGGCGGCACUGUGUGACCCUCAGCAUGGUGGAGAUCUACAACGAGGCUGUCAGGGACCUUCUGGCCCCAGGGCCUCCCCAGCGCUUGGUUGUGAGGCAGGGCCCCCCAGGCCAAGGGGGCCUCCAAGUGGCAGGUCUCACGUACUGGGACGUCCCCAACCUAGAGACACUGAACCAGAUGCUGAGCCUGGGGAGGAGCAACCGGGCCACCGCCGCCACCACCAUGAACCAGCACAGCUCCCGCUCGCACGCCCUGGUUACGCUGACGCUGCGAGCAGCGCCCCCAACACGCGGUUCAGGCGCCGCAGGUACCGCGCCGGCCGGCGCCCUGCCCUGCCAGGGGCCUCACCGCACGGGAGAUUGGAGUUCCCUCCACGUAGGCUCGCUCGCUCCUGCAGGCACACUGCACCUGGUGGACCUGGCGGGAUCCGAGCGUGCCUGGAAGGCGGGGGCCGCCUGCAGGGCGCGGAGAGACCCUGAGGACGCCCAGCGUAUGCGGGAGGCCCGAACCAUCAACCGCUCGCUGCUAGCACUGGGAGGCGUGAUGGCUGCGCUGCGGGCCCGCCGGCCACACGUGCCCUUCCGCGACUCGCAGCUCACGCGCCUACUUCAGCCCGCGCUCGGCUCCGGCGCCACAGUGGUGCUGCUGCUGCAGGUGGGCACCCGGCGCAGGCGUGGGGCAGGCGCAGGGUGGGGGAGAGAGGUUUGCAUGCAGGCGCCGCCCACUAGGGGCUGCUCACCAGCGCUGCUCCCCGGCAGAUCUCCACGCGGCCCGAGGACCUCGGCGAGACUGUGUGCUCGCUCAAGUUCGCUGAGAGAGUGGGCCAAGUGGAGCUGGGGCCAGCUCGGCGCCGCAGGGCCCCGCGCUCUGGGACGCCUUCCUCCCUCAGUACCGACACACCAUUCACUGGGACUCCCUGCACCCCAACACCGUCCCCGGGCAGCCCUCCAAGCCCAAGCCCAGACAGUGGCUCCAGCUCGGCUCGGGCGCCCCCAGGGAACUUGCUCUUUUAGUUUGGGGUUGCGCCUCUGCCGGCAGAGUGAGCAAAGCCCCUGCCCCCUAAACUCCCAGAGUUGUCCCCUCAGCCCCUCCCAGUGAGCAGUGUUCCCCGUGGGGGCUGGGGGGGGGGGGAGAUGACAAAUGCCCGCCCCCGGGCCCAGGCCCUGCUCCUUCCUUAUCACCAUUUGCUGCUAUCGCUGCCAGCACAGCAGGGGACCCCAGAGCAGCCUGUUCUGGCCUACUGGUCUGAGUCACGAUGUCACCACCCCGCCAGCAAAAAUCAGACUUGGCAUUAAAAUGUGGUCCAUUC